AUGCUAGUACAUCGACUGCAGAAGAGCCACAUUGGGAAAAACUGUACACCCAAUGUGGAGCCUGGAUUCACAGCAGUCCACCCCCCUCUGAGAUACAGUCUAUGUGUCCCUCGCCGCCCUCCAGGUGCGACAGUGUCCUCUCCGUCCCCCCUCCACAGUGCCACAGUGUCCUCUCCGCCCUCGUCGCGACAGUGUCCCUCUGCCCUCCAGUGCGACAGUCCCUAUGCCCUCCAGCGCGGACAGUGUCCUCUCUGCCCUCCAGUGCACAUGGGUCCUCUCUGCCCUCCAUGCGACAGUGUCUCUGCCGCCUGCGACAGUGUCCUCUCUGCCCUCCAGUGCGACAGUGUCCUCUCUGCCCUCCCGAAAGGUCCUCUCUGCCCUCCAUGCGACAGUGUCCCUCUCUGCCCUGCGACAGUGUCCUCUCCGCCCUCCAGAUCUCGAGCGUCCCUCUUCCGUCCAGAGCUCGAGCGUCCGCUCCGCCCUCCAGCUCGAGCGUUCCACUCCGCCCUCCUGAGCUCAGAGGUCCUCUCCGCCCUCCAGAGCUCGAGCUCCUCUCCGCCCUCCAGCGCUCGAGCCGUCCUCUCCGCCCUCCAGAGCUCGAGCGUCCUCUCCGCCCUCCAGAGCUCGAGCGUCCUCUCCGCCCUCCAGAGCUCGAGCGUCCUCUCCGCCCUCCAGAGCUCGAGUGGUCACCUCUCCGCCCUCCAGAGCUAG